AUUGCAUAAAUAUAUAAUUAUCUUGAUUGCGAUUUGUGUUGUCACAUUCUUCUUAAUAACGACAAUAGCCAUACCAAAUAUUAUGUCUAGUGGUUCAACUCACCAUUCAAAGUCGAAACAACAAAAAAAUCCUUUCAAAAUUUCAAAAAAUAUUGCAGCCAAAUCUAUAUAUUAAUACCUUUCAAAUGCAUGCAUUGUUAAAUGAAAGCAGUCCCCACCACCAUCUUCACUCUUCCCAAGUAGUAAUUCAGAAGUCCCAAAAUUCAUUUUUCUCCACAAUAAUCAUUUGAAAGGCAUAGUAGAGACUUAAAAAGCUCCACGCUCUGCCUAAAAAAAAAAAAAGGCCGGCUUUAUUUGUACCCCAAUAGUAUUCUUGACUUACAAACAAGAAACGAACAUUUUUUUUAAUCUGUUGUCGCCUGCAACCUUAUUCCUUUACCUCCCAUUUGUCUCCCUCUUUAUUAUAACUGUCCUCUUUCAACUAUUUUUCUAUCUACAUCGACCACAACAAGAACAAGAACAAGAACAUGAUGAAAAUUACUAAGGAAAAGGAAGAAAGCGAAGAAACUGUUCUCCUUAAAGAACAAGAGGAGGCAUUAGAAGACAAAGACGACGAAGAAGAAGAAGCAUUGUCAUUGUGUGAUCUUCCGAACAAUGAAGAGAACCAAACGAAGAAAGAAGGUUCUGGAAGUACUGGUGAAGUUCAAUCAGAAGAUUUUGAUUUUGCCUGUUGUGGUGGUAAUUUGUUGAAAGAAUCAGAAAUGUGUACGGCAGAUGAAAUUUUCUACCAAGGCCAAAUUUUGCCCCUGCGACAUUCAAUUAGUUUGCCAAGUGAUCGGCGCAAUUGUCAUGAAACAAAUUCAAGUAGUAGAAGUAGCAGUAUUCGAAGCCAACGUUCAUCUAGCAGUGGCAAUUCUUCUAAUCUCAACACGAAAUACUACAAGCCUAAGAUUCGAAAUCAGUUCCACUCCCAUCCUAGUCCGACACCUCAGGUUCGAUUUUCAAAGGUUAAUAUUCAAUCAAACGUUAACAAUUCAGGUCGAAAAUCAGCAUUGUGGAGUCUUUUUCGUGUUGGUCUAGUAACACCACCUGAAAUUGCAUUACAAGAUCUUAAAAAAAGAGGAAACAGGGGCAAUUCAGGAAGUCGAAACAGCACCAGUAGCAGCAGCAGUGGAAGCUUCAGCAAUACGAAUAAUAAUACGACGAGAACUAUACUAAGCAAGAAAAAGAGACAGAGGUUUUCUUUUGGCAGCUGCAAGUGUUCAGCAAAUUCAGUAGAAACAGUACUUCCUUCAAACGUCGUAAUCACAAACAAGAAUAAUGCAACAAGAAAGGUAACAGGGGUCCAUGAUGAACAUGAAGAUAAGAAAGAUUCAUCAGAGGAGAAUAUCAAAGCAACAAAAAAGCAAGCAAUGUCACGCCAUCGAACGUUUGAGUGGUUAAAGCAACUUUCACUAGAAGGUCCAUCUGAUGAAACAUAAAGAUUUUUCAAAAUAUCACGCAUGCUUACCUUGUUUUUUCUUCUUCUUUUGCUUCUUCUUUUAUGUAAUGUAAUGUAACUUUUUGUUACGUGCUUAGAUUGGUCUUUCUUUUUUGCUUUUUUGAGUAGUGGAAUCAUGAAGUUGAAGUAAUUGAGGACGCAAUUGUCAUGUAAAAAGAAAAGAGUACUAAAGCUAAGGUGUUUGAUGUGAAUUGUGAUUAAAUAAUUAUCAUUGCUUUUUGUCUUUGAGGGUGGGAAGAUUUGUUGUCGUGUGACAAAAGGCUAUGUGUUCAAACUCAUGUAAACAUGUUCUUGUAAAAUAUAGCAAUAGAAUCUUGUGGUUCGCUGUU